AUGUUUAGUGCAAAUGCUACUCAGGUGUUGCAGAAAGUCAAAAUCGGUCAGGCUAUAUGUAUAUCCAUGGCGUCACUAUUUGGUCUCUCACUAUGCAUAGCUCUCUGGGAACUACUCAAAUCAAAUAGAUUUAUGAACCCUUCAAUGGUGCGAGGAUCAUGCAUUUCUCUCAAUGAUAAGGUCAAUUUUGUGUCAUUAUUACGAAACCAGGAGAAUCAUAUAGCAGCUUGGAUCGAUAGCAAUGACUCAUCCCUGGUCUUCAAGUUAUGGUUCGGCUUGAUAUUACAUUAUACGUUCUCGCUCUCAUUGUUGGUCUCAUCGUCACGCUUAAACUAUCACAGGCAACCGAUGGCCUGUGACCUCUUCGUCUGGUGGAAGAUCGUUCUGGCAUUUGCUAUGAUUCUAGUUACGUUGUGCAUCAGCUUUUCUAGCUUUUCCGUUCGCGAAAUACCUAAACUUUCGGACCUUUCUGCGAGACUCUGCCGCAAGGAAGAAUUGGACACUUCCUUCUGGAAAUCUCCGGUGUUGGAGCAUUCAAGAAUGACACAGACGAGUACAAGCAAAAUCGCAAAACGGCCGCUACUAUGUUCUGUAAUUUCUCCAAAUGGCACGAAUCAGACUUACUCGCCCUUUACCUACGACGAAUUCCUUUUCCCCAGGCUCGGAGCAGAUCUGUUGAAUAAAGACUAG